AUGACAAGCCAGGUUUGUUUACUUUGGUCACUCACAGUGGAUUUUUAGAUGAAUCAGGCUGACGACUUGGUUUUAAUGGACGUAGAGGAAGUUUUAAGCUCUCGACCAGUACGAAGACUGGAAAUUAAGGAUGGAUCUGGGAAGAUUCACAGGUUUGUUAGCUGAUUUUGUUGUUUAGCUUUGAAUUUUAGAGUUGUGGAUUACAGUGAGAAGGACAUCUGUUUGCACCAUGUUGCACGUCAAAAACCUUUUGAAUACAAUGCUGAUGAUCUUCUUAAAAAGUAAGUUAUUUCUGAUUUACUUAUUAUGCGUAAAACUUAUCUUUUAUUGUUUUUUACUAUGUUUUGCUAGGCAUCAAGUGUUUAAUGCGUUUUUUGUUUAGAAACAAUGUAGAACAACAUGUCAAGGACACCAUACUUCAUUAUGAGAACAAGUAUUCGAUUGUUCAAAGGAAUUUCAUACAAUAUUCAGUACUUAAAGCGGUGGAACGGCUGAAAGAAACUCGAGGAAAGUACAUGUGUUUGUUUGAUGGAGAUAAUGAAGAAAAGCCGGUUCGAAGUGUCAGCCAAGUUGGAUGUCCGGUAAGAUAAUUCAAAGCCUUGAUUUUAAUUUACUUUAUUUUUUCAGCCGGAGCUAAAACGGAAUUCAGCGGCUUCUGAAUUCUCAUUAACUCAAGACCAGAAGCUAAGCGGUUCUAAUUCUGACUUGGUGGAUCUGUCAGUGAUAUUUGAAGAUUCGGCCGCUUUUUUCUUGGACUCACAGCCUCGGCUCCAAAGGAGAGACAAAAUGCUGGCAUAUCUACCUAUGGAUUCGGAUUUAACGUUAUCAAACAAUGACAUUAACAUCCCUCAAGUUAUUCCGAAUCAUUAUUUGUCUGUUAAAGUGAAUUCUUUUGAAAUUACACCUUAUUUCGAGCCAGUGUUUGGUGUAAUGGCGUUGUACGAUCUCAAAACCAAGUCCAAGUUGACUGAGAACUUUUACUUUGACUUCAACAGUCGUGAGAUGUUGGGGAUGAUUCGAGCUCACAUGGGGCCGGAUGGAGAUGUGAAUAAGGUCAGAGAAGGUCUCUUUUCGUACGAUGAGUUCAGAGACAAUGUGUUUUUGUUUAUACGAAUUGAAAAGGUGCUACAAGCUGCAGACUCUUCAGAAGUUGUGGAGCCGUAUGUUAACAAGGAGAAGACUAACGAAAAGUUGGGCGAAACGGCCAGGGACUUUUGUGGAAGGCUGGGAAGUUAUCGUACGUUGCUGGGAUGGACGUAUGUUGAUCUGAAGAAUGUCAUAAACGAGAAGAAUAAGGAUCAAGAAUGUACGGUGAAGCAUCACGACGAAAUUUCAUUGGUUAGGACGGAUACUGACAGUGUGGUUAGUGCAGGUAUGAAAUUUAAUUGUUUUUUUUAUUUUAGGGCAGGUUUUGAUGGUUAAUAAGUUAGGUUAGAUGUGGGAAAUUAUAGUUUUAAUAUUUUUAAUUGUUUAUGAACAUAAACAUUGUGUUAAACUUUAAGAAAGGCAAAAAAUAUUAAGAUAAUGUUAUAGAGAAACUUAUUUUUAAAACGAAUUUAUCUUCAGAUCGCAUUUCCAACUCAACCAAUGACACAAUACAGCAAAAAGGAUCCUCUAUCGACCUAGAAAUUCCAGAAGACACGAACUCUUUAAACCGAGUUGAAAACGGGAUAAAACUUCGAAUAACAUCAUUGUAUCGGCAUGAAAAUGAAAAAGUAUCAGACGACGAUCUUCUGAAAACAUUGGCUGAAGCUCAAAAGUCAGGUGGAAGAGGAAUGAAGUUCAAAUCAUUUCCAGCUGAUUUAAGAUUAGAAAUCACAAAGAAAGAGGCGUCAGAAUGUUCUAGUAUACGGUCCCCUGAACUUCAAGUUGUUGUGGAUGACAAAAGUGAAGAUGUUGAAAAGGCACAAGCGGUUUUGUCGUUUCCAAAGCUUCAAACUUUUACUGUGCAUUCAUAUUAUCGGUAAGGCGGUUUACUUUUUUGGAUGAAAAGGGCGUAUUCCGCUUUAACUGAAGUUAUCUUACAGUUAGUUAAUUAUCUUAUUCUAAAAUAAGAUAUAAUUGUAAUUUAUUGACUUUACUGUGUUUAAUUUGAAGUUUUACGUGUGUUAUGGUAAAAUUUUUCAGGAAUUUACUAUACGUCCACCCAAAGUUUGUCAACUUUUCAAAUCGAUCAGGAAAUGCGAGAAAUAUUACGUUAAAGGUGGAGCUUCUUGAUUCUGAUCAACGGCCACAAACUGUAUUCUAUGGCCGCUCAUCGGGGCCAAAGAUGCUUAACAAGGUGUACACUAGUGUGAACUAUCAUAAUAAGUACGUUAUUAUUGAAUUUAUACAUAAAUUUGAGUUUUAGCUAAAAACAACAUCAAUAUAAGUUGAUAUAUGCAUUAAUGUUUGAUAAUAACUUAAUUAAUAUGUAAAAUUAGUAAAAUAACUUAAUCAUAACCUUUAUACUCAAUGAAAGUGCUUUUUCUAAUAUAAUAUAGGGCUAUACAUGUUAAUAUUGCAGAACUCCUCAAUUUGUCGAUGAAAUUAAAUGUGAAAUACCGGUUAACAUUGAUGAUGGAUACCACUUGAUGUUUACCUUCUUUCAUGUCUCAUGUAAAGGUGGAAAAGCCAAUGAACAAACCGAGACGCCCAUUGGAUAUACGGUAAGAUAUUACUGUAAAAAUGACAAAUAUUAACUCGAUAAUGACUUUACAUCGCUGUACCAAAUUUGGUACCUAUAGAGAUUUUUAUCGCUGAAUAAAAAAUUUUUCAAAUCUUGCAAAUUUCUUGAGACACCCUGUAUAAAAGCACAAAUAAGGUAGAAUUGAAGAUAUUAUUAUAAAACAGAAGUUAUUACUGUAGGGUCGUGUAUAUUUGAUCAAAAAUGACAUUUCAUGUCACAUAAUGCCAUUCUUAUUUCAGUGGUACCCUCUAUUUCAAAAAGGUGACAUCGAAUCAGGAGAUCUGUCACUACCAAUAUCACUAGAGCCUUUACCACGAAGCAUUGGCUACGUUUCGCCACUUCUGAAUGUACCAAACAUCAAAUGGCUAGAUGGUCAUAAACCUUUGUUCAACCUGUCUCUACAGCCUGUGUCUACAGUACACACUCAAGAUCAGUACAUUACAGAGUUCUUCAGAAGCUUCAGCGCUCUCAAGAAUCGAGACACCAAGAUCACGUUUUCAGAAGCUGAAUUUCAAACAGUCAUACGAAACAUGGCCAAGGCUAGUCCAGAGUCUUUGUGUUCGUACCUCUACAUCAUCUUUGACAAGCUGAUUGCGCUUGUAUCAUGUCCACCAUUUUCAUCCAAACUCAGCGAGACUUGCUUUGAAAUCAUCUGUCAAUUGGUCAAGUUAUCAACGGUGCUGUUUGACAGCGAUGUGGACAAGGAAGGGCGAGGAAGUCUGUUAAAACAAUACCUAUAUCUUCAUAGAAUCUCGUCGAAUGAAGUUUUGGUUCAACAAGAGAAGCCUCCAAUAUCACCGAGCAAAAGCCAGAGGGACAGUGUUGAUCUGGUCAAUUUGAUUAGUAGGUUAAAUUUGAUUUUGAUUGGCUAAUGAGUUUUUGGGUUAUCUGUGAUUAUAGGUAGGGUUAGGGGAGUUAUUUUGGUUUGGGGAGGAAGGUAGUAAGUCAAAAAAUAAAAAAAAGUUUUUUUUAAUUUAACACAUAUUCUCCUUGGUCACAGACAAUUGAGCUGUUGUUUUUGCUUUUUAGAAGGUGCUAUGGCAUUCUUUACAUUUCUUGUAUGAAACUAGGGUCAAACUCAACUUUUGAAACUGAAAAAUAGACAAAAUGUUAUUAAAAAAACAAUGUUUUUUAGAAAGUUAUGAACAGAAUGUAUCGACCAAAGUACUGACCAGCGCUGACGAUGCUCUAGAUGGGUCGAAGAAGUUGUUUCAUGAGGAAUUGACCAGUCUUUUUGUUAAUAUGAAUACAGCUUUGAAAGAUGCGGCUUGCACUUAUGCUUGGUUCUUUACUGGAAUGAUUGUAGGUUGAGGUUUUUAUCGAUAUUUGAAGAAAAAAAGGGUUUAAAUUAUCUAGAAAUUCUAUUCAUCACUAAGAAAUGAUUAGUUUUAGUUAAUUUUGGUGAAAAAACAGUAAAAUUUAAGGAGAAAAAUCAGUUUUUUUACAUUUAAAUAGCUUAAAAAUUUUUACUGUAUCGAAAACUUGAUGAAAAUAAUGUUGUUAUAGGUAAAAGCCUGUGUCGAAUACCUCUCAACAUGGGAUCGCUUUAUUCUUCCACGAAAACUCCGCUUCAGACCAGAAUUCCUAAAUUCCCUGGCUGAAGUGGUGAAGAUCCUAACGGAAGAAACGAUCAGAAGAGCAUCCAAGAACAUGCAGCAAGCAAAGAACAUUAACAAAGCGCUGGCCGACUUUGUAUCCGACUGUUUUUGUUUGUUGGACAGAAGCUUUGUGAUGAAUCUGAUCAAAACUUACAACAAGAUAAUGAUGGAUAACAUUGCGGAAGCCACGGAUCCACUUCAAACAACCUUAAUGACAUUGAAGUUGUCAUUUAUGCAAAUCGUCUGUUCUCACGAGCACUUCAUGAUUUUGAAUCUGCCAUUUGAAGUUAGUUCGGCUUCUAAAUCAAAUCAACUGUUUGCUUCAGCGUUGACUACAUCAGCUUCUGGAGCUCAAAUCUACGUGCCACAAGCGCCGCCAAGUCCGAGUGGUUCGUCGAGUCUCUCAAGUCAUUCAGUAUCAUAUGAUAGUAUCUCACAUCUGAGCACAGUAUACAGAUCUCAACAUUACUUACUCGCGGUUUUGUUUGAUGACAUGGCUACGGUCUUAUACUCUUCAAACACGUUUCUACAGUCGAGGUAAGGGGUUUUAGGGUUAUUUAUAGGGUUUCUAUUACGCUAUGGGGAGCUCAGUCGUAAAUCAACAUUUAAUUUUUUAUAAUUCAUGCGAUCUUGUGUGAACUUAUGUCAUUAAAACAGAAAACAAACUCGUCCUAUUAUAAACUUUUAAACAAUAGCAAAAAACACAACAUAACUUACCGUGACUACGUUUCCAGGGUUAUACAAACAUUAUGUUCACUGCUAUUGACCCACGAGAUGGACGGUCGCCUAACUUCUCAAAAUCAGUCACUACACAACCGAGUAGCUGCUCUAUACCUUCCGUUAAUGAAUGUGUUGUUGGACAUUAAAGGACUGUUGUUUGACCCAACAAACAGGGAUACAACAGCAAGAAAGGAGUCCAAGAUCAGUCAGAAACUGACAUCAUCAUUAGCCUUGGACAAGAUUCCGAUUGAGCACAACGCUGUGGCUGGAAUACCGGAGUUAUUGAAGCAAAAUAGGAACUCUACUUUGUCACAGGAACAUACUGUUAAGGUAAAUUGAAAUUUGAGUUUAAAAAGACUUCGCUAGGGAUGGGUAGGGAUUUUUUUUGAAUUUGAGGUCUUAUAAAAUGAAAUUUAGAAAAAAAACUGAACAAUUUUACAAUUAAUUCAAAUUUAUGUUUCAGAUGCUUGUCUGCUUCGGCUGGGUCCUGAAAAACUUGGAUUCAACAAUAUUAACCCAUUACCUACAACAUCUCUCAAUCCAACAAAUGCAACUCUUCAUUGAACUGUUAACCUUAUGUGUUUCAAACUUUGAAUACAAGCCUAAAGGUCUAUUUGAAUCCAAAAUCACGAGAAAACCCUCAUCGCAAUCAGACACAAACUCUGUCAAUGUGAAAUGGAGACAGGUCAAGUCGGACUCGUUCCCAAAGUUUGGUGAUGAUAUGAGUAAGGUGUUCGAGAAUGAGUACGACUUUCUGUACGAACGAGAGAUCAGCUCGGAAAUGACACUGAUUGUGCUGGAUACUGUGAGGAAGAUUGUCAAGGUGGUGGAGAGUCCGGCGGCCGAACACUUUUUGUUUUUACUGCCAAAACUUAUUCAACUAUUGGUAAGGGUUUUGGUGUUGGGGAAGGUGGGAGGCGGUAAAGUGGUCUUGUGAUAAGUUAGAGUAAAGUAGGUUAGGGUCGGAUUGAGUUGGGUAUAUUACGGAAGAGUAUGGUAGCAUAAAGAGGGGUAAGUUAAGUUAUGGUAGAGUAAGCUAGGACGAAUUAAGGUAAGGUAGUGUAAGGUCAGUUAAGACAAGGUCCUUACUUUACUCUUACGUUAGGGUAAAGUAAGGAAGAGUAAGAAAAGGUAGGUUAAAAAAGGUUUGAGUAAAGUAAUGUAACGCAAGCAAGGCUUUGUAUGAAAGGGCAGCAAGCAGUCCUUAAGGCACUAUUUUUAAGCUUUUGUGGUAAAAAACUAAAAUAAUAUUAAUCAUUGACCCUAACGUACUCUAAAAAAGCUACUUUUUUACAACGUAUCUUUCAGAUGCAUCUACUAUCAUGCCGUCACACCACCAACACAAUCAGUGCCAUUUUCAAAGUUCAACGGGCAUUUGUUGCCAGGUUCCCUCAACUUCUGUUUGAACAUCACUCUCAACUUUGUGCUGAUCUCUGCCUUAAACUACUACAUCAUUUAGCAUCAAAAUUGGCGGUGGUUCGAUCUCAGGCGGCUGCCAGUCUAUACCUAUUGAUGAGGCAAAGCUUCGAAGGUGGACUCAACUUUCCAAAGGUCAAAAUGCAAAUUACAAUGGCUAUAUCAACAUUGGUGUCGAGUUCGGCUAGCCAAGGGUUCAAUUUGAACGAAGACUAUUUGAGAAGAUCGUUGAAGACAUUGUUGGGGUACCUGAAUCAUGAUUUACAGUCAGGGAAGGAUCUGAAGGAUACUUCUUUCGGAAUUCAGGUAUGUAGUGUUUGGCUGGGUGAUAUGGGCAUUAUCAUAUUGUAAUACAUAAUGUGAUACAGUAUUUUAUAAGCUGAGAUAGGAGAGGUUAAAAUGUGGUAUUAUAGGAUAGGGGUAGAGAAAGAUAGAAUAGGGCACUAUAGGGUCCAGAAUUGGUACCGUAUGGCUAGAGUAAAGUAGUAAAGGAUAUGAGAUGUUAGGAUACGGCAAGCAAGGGAACUGUAAUUCUUGAGUACGAUAGAGCCAUUGAAAGCCUAUAGUUUCAAAUAUUUUUGUAUACCAGGGUCAAGGGUUUUACUUCAUGACCAAUUUUAUCUUAUUGCGCUUACUGUAAUAUAAAAAGAACUAUUCUCUAUUUUAUUCUAUCUACUGUAAUAUAAAAAACCAUUUUUUUAAAACUAUUCAUUCUGUAUUUUAGGUACGAGACCUAGUAUUCAACUUACACAUGAUUCUGACCGAUACAGUACAAAUGAAAAACUACUCCAAUGACUUUGAAAUGCUUGUGGAUCUAAUGUAUCGUAUCGCUAAAGGAUAUCAGCACAACCCUGAUUUGCGGUAGGUAUUAGACAUUUAUAAUUUACAUGGUGAAUAUUGACUAGUAUUUCAGUGAAUUUUGAUUUAAAAACUAUUCUAAAAAAAGUAUUUUAACGUGACCACAACGUAUUUUACUUUAUACUACCGAGUUUUCAAAAAAAAAGAAAAUUUUAUAAGUCUCGUUUUUAAUUUAAAAUUCUUGUUUUCAGUCUAACUUGGAUGAUAAAUGUAGCCAAUCAGCAUGCAGACCGUGGAAACUAUGCCGAAGCGGCCCAGUGUAUGUUACACUGCUCAGCUUUGGUCAAUGAAUACCUGUCAAUGAAGGGAAAAGGUCUUCCAGGUGGUGCUUCAGAAUUCUUAACCUUAUCUUCGAAUAUUGAAGAAGAAAGUGCCACAUCUGAUGACGUUAUCAGUCCGGAUGAAGAAGGAAUCUGUGAAAGCUCACACUUCACAGAAACCGGCUUUUUACAUUUGGUGGAAAAGACUGUGGACUUUAUGGAGAGGGCUAGUAUGCACGAGAAUAUUCAGAAGGUUUAUACGGUAAGGAAUGGCAGCAAGUUUUUAUACAGUUAGGUGGUGAGGGUAGGGGCGUGGAUUGGAAGAAGUAAAAUUAAAAAUUAUUAUGUUAUAGUAGGCUAUAAAACCCUUUUUAAUUAAAAACUAAACUUACUAUAACAAUAUAAAACUAACUCUUUUCAGGUAAUGACUCCCUUGCUAAACCAACAUUACCCAUUGCACAAGAUCGCUUCAGUACAUCUUCGUAUAAGCAACAACUUGUCAAAAGUAGAGGAAUAUAGUGGAUAUCAAGAAGACCAAGCCGAUGCCUUCAUCUCUCCGCUAUCAGGCACUGAUAAGAGAUGCUUCGGAACCUACUUCAGAGUCGGCUUUUAUGGUGAACGUUUUGUCGAUCUAAACAACGAGGAAUUCAUCUACAAAGAGCCGUCGAUAACGAAACUCUCUGAGAUUUCGCAUCGGUUGGAACAGUUCUACACGUCACAGUACGGUGUAGGUCAAGUUGAGAUCAUAAAAGACUCGAACGAUGUGGAUCCAAGGAGAUUGGAUCACGACAAAGCCUACAUUCAGAUCACCUACGUCGAACCCUACUUUGAUAUAUGGGAGAGGAGACGAAGAACAACUCACAUUGACCGCAAUUACAACAUCAAUCGCUUUACAUAUGCUACACCGUUCACGAGGGACGGCAAAGCUCACGGUGAACUGAAGGAUCAGUUCAAGAGAAAGACAGUAUUGACCACCCAGUUCAGCUUCCCUUACAUGAAGACCCGAGUCAGAGUGGUCGAUAAAGAGCAAAAGGUAUUGAGUCCAAUCGAGGUAGCCAUUGAAGAUGUACAGAAGAAGACGAGAGAGCUGAAUGCAGCCACCAGCAUCCAGCCGGCUGACCCCAAAAUGCUCCAAAUGGUACUACAAGGUUGUAUUGGGACCACGGUGAACCAAGGGCCAAUUCAAUUGGCCAAAACCUUUUUAUUGGAUAUUAAGAUCAAUGAGUAUGGAAAGCCGGUGGACAAGCUACAACACAAAUUACUGCUUUGUUUCAAGGAUUUGUCAAAGAAAUGCAGUGAUGCGCUUCAGAAGAACGAAACUUUGAUUCAGUCGGAUCAGUUUGAUUAUCAAGUACGUGGGGGUAGGGUGUGAUAGACUAUAUGAGGGUAGGUUGAGGCUGAAUACGUGAGUUAGGAUAAGGCUAUCGCAAACUAAGGGUAGGGUACAGUAAAUUUUACUGGGAGUGGCAUAGGGCUAGCCAAGGAUGGGGAAUGGUCAGUUUAGGGUAGAGUAUGGUAGGGUAGACUGAGGCUGGAUCGGGGAGUUAGAAUAGGGUUGUUGCAAACUAUGACAGGACUAGGGCUCAGUUGGGGUAGGUGACUUUGAGGUCUUGACUUUUUAGAAUAUGGCAACGUAUAAUGUAGGGGUGGAUCAUAGGGUUGGAAUGAUUAGGGUAGAGUAGAGUAGGGCAUGGUAGGGUAUGGUUAAGUUGGGUAAAGUAGAUUAGAGUAGGCCAGGGUUGGGUAAGGUAGGGUAAGGUAGAGUAGAGCAAGUAAAAAAAAGGAAGGUAAGACAACAGAGUGUGAAAGAGUAUUAUCGAAUAAGCACUACUAUCAAAUUUCAGAAAGAACUCCGUCGAAACUACGCCGACUUCACCACAAAACUCACUCAAAUUGUCAUGGGCCCAGUGUCGGCGGCCGAACUCACCCAAAAGUGCCAAAUGAACCCACGUACGGAUAAAACCCUACCAGUCAAUCUUCACACGUUCACUGCUCAAGCGAUCUCACUGAUCGGCGACGAAGGUCCCGUCAGUCUAGUUUAA